AUGGAACCCUCACAAGGAACGAGUCAAGCAAAGGUAGCAAAAAUGGCACCCAUCUGGGUAUUUGGUUACGGCUCCCUGUGUUGGAACCCAGGAUUUGAAUAUCAGCAAUCAAUCACUGGAUAUGUUAAGGGCUUCACUAGAAAAUUCUGGCAAGGAAACACAACACACCGCGGGACGGAUACCAAGCCCGGCCGAGUCGCGACUCUAAUAGAAGAUAGAGAAGGAAUAACAUGGGGCAAGGCAUUUUUGAUCUCAGCAGAAAACACUGCAGCGCUGCCUUACCUUUCUAACAGGGAGUGCACCUUAGGGGGCUACAGAACCUGCAGAGUGAACUUCCACCCUCGUCCGUUCUACACUUCGUCUUCUGACUCCAAUGAUGAAAAGAAAGAUGCUCUUCUUUAUAUAGCUGUUCCUGAAAAUAAGCAUUGGUUAGGAGCAGCACCUUUGUCUGAUAUAGCCAAACAAAUUCUAGAAAGUCAGGGACCUUCCGGCUCAAACGCAGAAUACCUUCUAAGAUUAGCUGACUUCAUGAGAGAAGAAAUACCAGAAGCUUUAGACGAUCAUCUAUUUUCUUUGGAGAGAUUAGUUCGAAAGUUUGCAAAUGACAUGAAGAUUUGCUUGGUAAGUUUGAUGAAGAGAGAAGAAGAGGAUGAAGAAGAAACAGUGGAAGUCAAAGCGGUUGUGCCUAGCUACCACUUCGCGUCGAGAGUUCCAGAAAAGAAGUUGCGUUGUGUCAAUAUGUGA